CAGGCCAGGAGCAUGGGGAGGACAAGGCCCUGGCUUUCAGAGAUGGGGACUCAGUGGGACCCCGCAGGCCUCAAGGUAGCUCCUACCGCCCCGCGGCCGGACUGCGGACGUCUGUCCUAGGAUAUGGCCUUGAGAUGGUCCCCAAGGCCAGUUCUCUCCCUCACUGCUUCCCCGUCUCUGCCCUCUGCUGUCCAGGCAGCUGUGAGGACGGCUUCCUGCAGGGCGCCUCCCCGCUGGCGUCUCCGAGAGGUUCCCCGAAGGGGUCUCCGGUGCCCGGCCUAGCCCGGACAGGGACCCCGUUGCCCGCGCCGCAGGUCCCGAGGGUGGAUUUGCAAGGAGCAGAGCUCUGGAAGCGCUUUCACGAAAUAGGCACGGAGAUGAUCAUCACAAAAGCUGGCAGGCGCAUGUUUCCAGCAAUGCGAGUGAAGAUCUCUGGAUUAGAUCCUCACCAGCAGUAUUACAUUGCUAUGGAUAUUGUGCCCGUGGACAACAAGAGAUACAGGUAUGUUUACCACAGUUCUAAAUGGAUGGUGGCAGGCAAUGCUGAUUCCCCUGUGCCACCCAGGGUAUAUAUUCAUCCAGACUCGCCUGCCUCUGGGGAGACUUGGAUGCGACAAGUGGUCAGCUUCGACAAGCUGAAACUUACUAACAACGAGCUGGACGAUCAAGGCCAUAUUAUUCUUCAUUCUAUGCACAAAUACCAGCCACGUGUGCAUGUCAUCCGUAAAGACUGUGGGGAUGACCUUUCCCCCAUCAAGCCUGUUCCUUCUGGGGAGGGAGUGAAGGCUUUCUCCUUCCCAGAAACAGUCUUCACCACCGUCACCGCGUAUCAGAAUCAGCAGAUCACUCGCCUUAAGAUAGACAGGAAUCCAUUUGCUAAAGGUUUCCGAGACUCUGGGAGGAACAGAAUGGGAUUGGAAGCCCUGGUGGAGUCAUAUGCAUUCUGGAGACCAUCACUACGGACUCUAACUUUUGAAGAUAUACCUGGAAUUCCAAAGCAAGGAAAUACAAGUUCUUCCACUCUACUCCAAGGUACCGGGAAUGGUGUUCCUGCCGCACACCCUCACCUGUUGUCUGGCUCCUCCUGCUCCUCUCCCGCCUUCCAUCUAGGGCCGAACACCAGCCAGCUGUGUAGUCUGGCUCCAGCUGAUUACUCUGCCUGUGCCCGUUCGGGCCUCACCCUCAACCGCUACAGCACAUCCUUGGCAGAGACCUACAAUAGGCUCACCAACCAGAGCAGUGAGACCUUUGCUCCACCCAGGACUCCCUCCUAUGUGGGUGUGAGCAGUAGCCCAUCUGUGAACAUGUCUAUGGGUGGCACUGAUGGAGACACCUUCAGCUGCCCGCAGAGCAGCCUGUCCAUGCAGAUUUCAGGGAUGUCCCCUCAACUCCAGUACAUCAUGCCAUCGCCAUCCAGCAAUGCCUUUGCUGCUAACCAGACCCACCAGGGUUCCUACAACGCUUUCCGGUUACAUAGUCCCUGUGCCUUGUAUGGAUAUAACUUCUCCACGUCCCCCAAACUGGCUGCCAGUCCUGAGAAAAUUGUUUCUUCCCAAGGAAGUUUCUUGGGGUCCUCACCAAGUGGGACCAUGACUGAUCGGCAGAUGUUGCCCCCCGUGGAAGGAGUGCACCUGCUUAGCAGUGGGGGCCAGCAGAGUUUCUUUGACUCCAGGACCCUAGGAAGCUUAACUCUGUCAUCUUCUCAAGUGUCUGCACAUAUGGUCUGAUGAAACCUUUAAGUUAAACUAACUACAUUUGAAUCUAAUGGAUCUUUCUUAGUUUUGAAGGAGGCCACAUGGAAAAUAUGUACAUAUAGUAGAAAAUGAAGGCUCCCUGAGGAUUUUUACUUUCUCCUGGCAAGACUGUAAUUAUCUAUGGCAUGUAUAUAUGCUAUAUAUUCACAGCAUGUAGUAUCCUGAAGGCUUCUGACUGCCAUGUUUAUCCAGUGUUGCAGAAUAUUAACUACAUAUACUGUGUUUAUCCAGAACAACCAGACUCUAAAAGCAAAACGAUACACUUGAAUGUUGGUAAUGAUACUAACCAAAGACUUUUCUAAUGCUCCCAUGCAAAGUGAUGGGGUCCAUUACUGCAGUCUGACACAUACCUAACCAAAGAUUUGUAACUUCAUCUAUCAGAAGAGUGCUCUGAGCAGUUUGUAUUUGAGUGUUGGUAGCAAUUGAUUUCUAUUAUUCUUGGACAUGAUGUGAGACUCUCCAGUGCAAAUGCCAGCUAAUUAUUAGUGUAUUUCUGAGAUAUCUACAACAAUAAAGGCUUAGCUUUUCAUUCCUGCUUAUUCUUAUUUACUGCAGACCUUGGACCUAAAAAUCCAUAGCUUGACUGAUGGUUUUUUUUCCUGAAGGAAGGUAGAGGAGACCCUUGUGACUUUUCACUUUCUAUUGGACAAAAAAUCUUAAUUACCUGCCAAAAAUUACAUCUGUACUAUUUUAAAAUUGUUUCCCCACUUCAUUUAGUUGAUCAAGAAGGCCAUUAAAAAUUUCCUGUAAACAUUUUUAAGUUCGAGUUUUCACCAGGGAAGGGGUUGGAUAGUAUGGUAUGAGGAAUUGCAAAAAAGAAAAUAAGUCGACCUCAGAUUCUUUUGUCUCAACGAGUAAUGUCUAUUUAUUUAUUAAUUUUAAAUUAGAGGAAUAAUGUUAUCCACCCCUAGGCCUUUGUGUGGCUUGUUUUUUAGAUUUAGGAUCAUUCUCUAUCUUUGAGCUGCCUGACCCCUGGUCUGUGAGUAAGGAAAAAGCAUUUCUGCCACUUAUUUAUGUCUCAUAACUCCUACAAAUUGAACAGUUCCCCCUCCCUAGCCUUAUCUCCCUGUCUGACUCCUUUUCCAAAGCAGACAGGUCUUGCCUUUAUGGUGCUAAUGCUGCAAGGAAUUUCAGAGGGUUAUCUCCAGCAAUCUGUCUUGUGCUUGUAGUCAAAGGCCAAAGUCCAUUACUAGAAAGGCCUCCAAGGAGGACCAAGGAGGAAGAUACUCAUUAUGAUAAGUGAGCUAUAAAACUUUUAACCUCAAUAGCAUUUUAACUUUGGAAGUGAAGAAAUGAAAACAGGAUUGACUUUUAAAAGUGCCUAAAAUGAACACAUGACAAGUUCAAAAUAAGGAACUUUGAUAGUAGAUCAUGAGAUAAACAGAAAAAAGUGAAGCAUGCAGGAUGGUGCACAGUUCCUUGUGUUGAGAAACUAAAGUGAUGUGUCUGCCCAGCUGCUCCUUACAUUUUGUGUACAUCAAAUGAAAAGAAUGCUUUCCUUUUGUUUAUUCAUAGGCUUGCUCUAUAUUGUCCCUAAUUUGGAUGGGGAAGGAGCCUCUAUCCCAGUUUACUUUUUUACUGAACAGGAUCAUUGUUGGAUAUUUAGGGGAAUGUUAUGUUUAGACAGAACACAUUCUGGACUUGUCUCUGUUUAUAGAUACCGACAAAUUUCACCAUGGAUUUUAUAAGGAGGUCAUCAAGUUAAUAGCAAUUUGAAAAUCUAAGAUUAGCAUCAAGGAGCAUGAAAUAUGUGCAGUAGGUAGCUCUAGCUAAGGUUUUAUGCAUGGUCUUGCUAACUUGGCAGAGAUUUGGAAAAAAGACUUUACACCAAGUGGAACAUUUUUCUUUUUGUUGUUGGUAAUUUGAGAUGACAUUAUCAUCUGAGUAGACAUUUUUAAAAAUUGUUUUGGUAAAAUUUAGAAAUAUUGCACCAAUGCUGUUUCUUUUAGGUUUUGCUGUAAAUAAUAAUAACCAUGUCACUCCAAAGACUAACCUUUUAUUAUUGUACUAAAUGACAUAUAUACAUUGAUAAUUAUAAUUAUCUGUAUUUUAUUAAGAAGUGCUUAAGAAAUUAUAUUAAAGUACAUUAUUGAACCUUU